AUGGUAGAAGCUAUUAAACUGAAUGAUUUAAAGAAUAGGAAAAGAAGAAAUACAGAAGAAGAAGAAAAUGGCAGCGAGGAAUCUGAAAUCGAUAUAAGUAGUACCGAUUCAGAAAACGAAGAAGAGCCAAAUGGGGAAGAAGAGAUCGUGAAUAUUGAUUUCGACUUCUUCAGUGGUAACCCAGAUGUUGAUUUCCACGCUUUAAAGAAUUUGUCACGUCAACUCUUUGGACCUCAAGAAAGUACCAGAAUUCAACUGAGCAGUCUGGCAGAUUUGAUGCUAGGCUCUCCAACUACCACAAUCAAAACAGAUGGCAAAGAAUCUGAUCCUUAUUGUUUUCUUUCUUUCAUUGACUUCAAAGCUAACCGCAAUAGUGACUAUGCAAAAUACUUACAGAAAGUGGACAUGAGACUGUCUACGUUUUUUCAAACUAUUUCGGAUAGCGGCAACAAAAACUGUGCUUUGGUCAUCAGCGAAAGACUAAUUAACAUGCCACCGGAAGUCGUUCCACCUUUAUACAAGAUUACAUUGGAGGACGUCACGGCAGCACUUGGAGAUGAUAAACAUUAUGAUUUCUAUGUCAUCGUCACCAGGAAGUAUGAAGUAAAUUUCGACACAGAUGAUGAUGCCGAGUCUAGUAAGAAGAACAAAAAUACGUACGAGAGGUCCAAAAAAAGAGUAAAGGCUGACGAAGUGGACUACUUCCAUGAGGAAGAUAGGUUUUUUGAGAAGCAUGCCAAGAUUCACUUCGAAUCAGAAGCCAGAAAAGGUGUUAUUAGCUCAUACAUGAUUCUUGAUCACGAAGGUCUUGUCAAAAGUAUCAACGAAUUGGAAACGGAAAUUUCCACCUGGUAA